AUGGCGAAGUUGGCCGGGGUGGUCUGCGCCCUCCUCCUCCUCGCUGCACUGUGCUGCCAGAGCCUGGCUCAGAGAGCCCCGGCUGUGCCAGACAAGUGCUGCUUCAACUUCCAGACAAGAAGGAUCAAGAGAGACAAUGUCAUCGCCUGCUACUCCACCAGCCCUGAGUGCCCUCACCAGGCUGUGAUCUUCAGGGUGAGAGGCGGGAAGGAAAUCUGCACCCAGGCGAGCAGGCCCUGGGUGAAGAGGUACCAGCAGAGCUUCCAAGUCAGCUCCCUCUCCAUCCCCAGCUAG